ACAAUAUUAUUUAAUCAGAAAAAUUUGUGCCCUAAUUCGUUUCCUGCAUCUUCAUCAUCUUCAUCAAUUCCACAUAAUUCUCUUCGUGCAUCUUAAUCCCCAAAUUCGCUUCCUUCAUCUCAUCCCUACUUUCCUUACUUCGACCCUAAUUCGCUUCAUUCAUCUUGGCCAUGUCUCAAAAAACUGUGUCAAGUGCUAGCUACAAGAAUCGUAGUGUGAGAAACGAAUGUUACUGCGGUAUCGAUGCUCCAUUGAUGACGUCGUGGACUGAUUCAAACCCAGGACGUCGUUUUUUUGGUUGUGGGAUGUACAAGAAUCAAGGUUUCAAGAAGUGCAGUAACUUUGUUUGGUUGGAUGAAGAAAUGAACCCUAGGGCAAAGGAAGUGAUUUCGACUUUACUCCAGAAUUUGAAUGAAGAAAAGCAGAGGGUUAAAGAUUCAAUCUCAAAGGAAGAAGAAACAAGGAUGAAGAUGAAGUUACUAAAGAAACAACUUAAGUUUAAUAUGUUCGUGACCAUUUCUGUUCUAGUUGCAUUUGUUGCAACAAUAAUUAUGAAAUGAAGUGGUGUUGAUUGCAUUAGGUUCAGUUGUGUUUAUGUUCAAUCUUGUCUAGGUUAUUUUGUUGUUUAGGUCCAAUUGAUGUUUAGGGAUUAUGAUGUUGUUGACAGUGUGAUGUUAAGGUAGUACGAUAUUGUUGACAGUGUGAUGUUUACCUAUUUUGACAUUAGGAUGUAAUCGUAUGGUUUAUUAAUGAAUG